AAAAAGAUGUAUUAACUUGGAAAUAACUGACAAUAGUUGGCUGAAAAGAUGAAAGGAACAAUAAUUUGUAAUUUCUGUGAUUUCUCAUGUGACCAAAGAGGGGCGCUUUCACUCCUCUAGUGUUCUAUUAUAUGAAUCAUACUUAUGUAAGCUGGCAUUUUAUCCCACACCACACCUUUUAGUUUACCCUGAACAUGAUCCUACGAUUUUAUAAAUUCAUCAGCAUUGACCUUAGACAGCAGAAAGCAGCGCUUUAGGAGAUUUGAUCUGAGCUCUUUGCAAAAGAAAAGAUAAGCAGACACGUUAGUGCAAGGGAAAAUGUCCAAACAACAAGAAAAUAAUCAAACGGAGUUAAGAGCAGUUUUGAUCGGAAGGCAAUACUCUGGGAAAACAUCGGUGAUCAACACUAUAUUGGAAAGCAGUGAAACAGAAGCUGAAGGAGAUGAUGAUGUGAAGAGAGAGGGGUUUAUUGAUGGCAGGAGAAUCAGUCUUGUUGAAACACCUGGCUGGUGGAAAACCUUCAGUCUGAAUGAUUUAUCCAAUAUCUCCAAACAGCAGCUGGUCCGCAGGAUUUCCAUGAUUUCACCCGGACCUCACGCAGUUCUGAUCGUGAUUCGGGCCGAUUUUGCAUUUACUGACACUGACGGGAGGUUUCUGGAGGACUAUGUGGAGCUGCUGGGACCAAAUGUCUGGACUUACACCCUCGUCAUCUUCACAAGAGGAGAUUUAAUUAAACCCAAACACAUAGAGCAACGUAUUCAGGAGGAGGGCUCAGCACUCAGGAGGCUUAUUGAAAAAUGUGAACAUAAAUAUCAUGUUUUUAAUAACUCAAACCAUCACGAUCGAACCCAAGUAAAAGAGCUGUUCAAGAAAAUUGAAGGAAUUGUCAAGAAUAGUAACGGCAAGCACUUUAACAUUGACCAGGAAAAAUUAAAGAAAGUCAAUGAGCAGUGGGAGGAAAUUCAGACCAGAGCAAAUUCUAGAAAAUCCAGAGUACAGAAGGAGCGGUCCAAAGUUCAAGAAAAAGCGUAUGUGCAUCAUCUACAGGAGAUCAGAGUUGUCUUGCUGGGAUGGGUUCUGGGUGGAAAGAGUUCAGCUGGAAACACCAUCUUGAACCGGGAUGAAUUUGCCACAGGAGGAAGAACCGGAGAGGGUAAGAGAGGAUUUGGAGAUGUAGAUGGAAGGAAGAUGACGGUUUUGGACACUCCAGGCUGGUGGAAGUACUUUGCAUCGGAACUCAACCCAGAUUUCAUUAGAUCUGCGAUCUUAGGAAGUGUUUUAGAGUGUAAGAAGUUCCCUCAUUCCAUGCUGCUCGUGAUCCCAGCAGAUACAUCAUUUCAGGAAGAACAAAAGAGGAUCACUGAGCAAAAUAUGUCAAUCCUGGGAGAUGACGUCUGGAGACACACUAUAGUUCUGUUUACCUGGGGUGACAGAUUUAAAGAUAUCUCAAUCGAGCAGCACAUUGAGAGUGAAGGUGAAGCUCUUCAGUGGCUGAUUGAGAAAUGUGGAAACAGAUAUCACGUCUUUGACAACACAGACAAGAACAAUCGAGAUCAAGUCACAGAGCUGCUGCAGAAGAUUGAUGAGAUGGCAGCAGAAAACAGUCUGUUUUGCUUCAACAAGAGGAAAAACCGUGAUGAGAAAAGCUGUCCGAAAACUGACAAACAGGAGGAUCUGAACAUGGAGAUCAGACUGAAGGAUGUCUGUCAGUAUCUGGAUGAAGGGUUUGAGAGAAAAACUGAAGAGAUAAAAAGGAAGAUAGAAAAGUUAUGCAUGGAUGUCAUGGAAGAAUGUCUAAACUGUGAUGAAUGUGGCAGUAUGAAUAAUCCUCUUAACUUUCAGAAUAAACCUCCUCAUGCCCUAAAAGAAGUGAUUAUUCCACUUGAGGACAACAUUCCUGAGCCGAUUACAGCACUUCUGCAGAGAGAGUUCAACAGAUGGGAAAGUAUAAUCAUAGAUGGUGUUCAGGAAAGUUUGCAAGACAUAAAAUCAUCAUUUGAGCUCUCUCAGGCUGAGAAGAGGCAAAUGUCAAUGCAAGCUGUUGAUAGAUGGUUACAAAAUUACAACCAUUAUGUUAUACAUACUGUUGAUAAAAUACAAGCUCCAGAAUCAAGGAUCAGGACAAAGAGACUGAAGACAUGAUGACACUGUACAGUACAGAGUUUGUACCGUCAAAUGUUUUAUAAAUGCAAAAUCAAACUCAUAGCCUUGAGAUUUUGCUCUAUAUAAACAUGGCUGAAUAACUGCGGCCUUGUGUUUACGGCUAAACUGAUAUACUGUAGAGUGAUAUCCACAACUAGGAGUGUGAUAUUGUUCAUAUAUACACAUUUUUAUAAAAUGUGUACACAGUGGUUUUAAAUCUGAUGCACCUCCUAUUGAAUUCUAUGUAUACUCUGUCUAUUUUGUUGAUGCAUGUUUAUAUAUUUGUUUUUCGUGCAGGUUCUUUACUAAGAAUAAUUCUGUAAACAUCAUCAUGUAUCCAGCCUUUGUGUGUGAUAAUAAUGCUUUUGUUGUAUUGAUGUGCUGAUACUACAGUAGUUACCGGUUCUGACAUGACUUUUUGGAUUGAUAAAUGCACUUAAUUUAAAUGCACAUGUUUUCUACAUGCAAACCUUUAGUAAACUACAGCCUUAUAGUGAUCAAAAUAGCAGCUAUUCAGAUUUUCUAUUCUAUUCUUUUCUGUAUUUUCAUUUAAUUCUACUGUUAGUGAUGUUCCUUUGAAGGAGUAUUGUUGUUUAUGAAUUAUAUUUUCUCUUGAAUUCAAAAA